GCUACUGCUGACGGAGUUGACCGCCAGCGAAAAUUGAUCUCUCCCCUUGCGAAGAUUUCGAAGCUGCUCUCCCAUAACAAAUCUCCUUAUUAGGAAAAUAUGAAAGAAAGAAAGAUGGGCUUGAAGCAAGCUAUUAAAAGUCUGGAUGCGUUUCCUCGUACGGAGGAACAUUUGUUGCAGAAGACUCAAUCGGGAGCGCUAGUUUCCAUCGUUGGUUUAGUGAUAAUGGCCACGCUGUUCUUUCACGAGCUUACCUAUUAUCUUCCAACGAAUACUGUUCAUCAGAUGUCUGUGGACUUGAAACGUGGAGAAACACUUCCAAUUCAUGUUAAUAUGACAUUUCCUUCAUUACCUUGUGAUGUAUUAAGUGUGGAUGCCAUUGACAUGUCAGGCAAGCACGAGGUGGAUCUUGAUACUAACAUAUGGAAACUUCGCUUGAACAGUCAUGGCCAUAUCAUUGGCACUGAAUAUUUGUCUGACCUUGUGGAAAAGGAGCAUGCUGCUCACAAGCAUGGUGAUGAGAAGGAACAUCAUGAUGAUGCUGAGAAAAAGCUUCAUGCACUUGGCUUCGAUCAAGAUGCCGAAAGUAUGAUCAAGAAGGUGAAGCAAGCAUUGGACAAUGGGGAAGGAUGCCGGGUUUAUGGGGUAUUAGAUGUCCAAAGGGUGGCAGGAAACUUUCACAUUUCAGUUCAUGGGUUAAACAUUUAUGUUGCUCAAAUGAUCUUUGGAGGAGGAGCACAUGUCAAUGUAAGUCAUGUGAUUCAUGAUUUAUCAUUUGGGCCAAAAUAUCCAGGACUUCACAACCCCCUUGAUGGUACAGUGCGGAUUUUGCACGACACAAGUGGAACAUUCAAGUAUUACAUAAAGAUUGUCCCUACCGAGUACAGAUAUAUCUCAAAGGAAGUUUUGCCGACAAAUCAGUUUUCCGUAUCCGAAUACUUUUCCCCUAUGAAGGAGUUUGAUAGGACUUGGCCUGCUGUUUACUUUUUGUAUGAUCUGUCACCAAUCACCGUGACAAUAAAAGAAGAGCGCCGAAGCUUUCUCCAUUUCAUCACUCGACUUUGCGCAGUAUUGGGAGGGACAUUCGCUUUAACAGGGAUGCUAGAUCGUUGGAUGUACAGGCUUCUCGAAGCAGUGACUAAAGCAAGCAGUGGCCGUGCUUAUCGGUAGAAGAUUGGUUUCGUUCGGAGCGCAAAAACAGUUAUAAUGCAGAGUGAGGAUGAAAAGAAGAAUACAUACCCCUGCGGGAACUCUUACGGCUGUUGUUAUGGCUUUCCUUAAUUAUUCUAUUGCAGUGUUGGGUCGAUACUUUGAGCAUUAAGAUCUCCUGAGCUUAAUCAUUUUUUGUACUGCCAUUACUUUUCUUUUU